CAGCGACGUACUUUCUUUUACGAUAACUGACCGCGCCGUGGCCGGACGUCAACAAGGGCCUGAUCAUGACUGCCCCCACAGUGGACACCGUGCUAGACAAGCUCUCCCGCUGCCAUGUGGUCAUCUUCGUGUUCGCGUUCAUCCGGGGCUUGCCUGUCACGUGGAACCUGAUGAUGCCGGUCUUCGUGGCGCCGUCUGCAGUCGACUUCCGGUGCAAUAAUGACGCAUUGAACCACACCGUGGAUACAUUCAGCGGCAGUGACCACCACGUGUGGACGAACAACACGGCGCAGUGCUUCAGGUCGGCUGCAACCAAUGGCAGCGAACCAUGCGAGUCAUGGAUCUACGACCGUAGUGUGUACGGCAAAACUGUCACAGAAGAGUUUAACAUGGUUUGCGGCAACAGGUGGAUGGUAUCCUCUUCCCAAAGCCUUUACCUCGCUGGCAUGGUUGUCGGAACAGUGGCAGCAUCUCAUACUUCGGACUGGUUCGGCCGCAAGAAGACCAUACUGGGGGGAAUUCUACUCUCGGUGGCCGCAAGUGCCAUGACUGCCUUGUCAACCUCAGUCACGAUGUACUACGUAUCCCGAUUCGUCGUGGCCCUGGGUGUCGCGGGAUACGCAGACGUCAUUUACACCUUAAUUAUGGAGACGGUGUCACCGCGGUUCCGCUACAUGCCAACAAUGACUAUGGGCAACGGCUGGACGACUGGAAUGCUUCUUCUGCCGUGGCUCCACUAUUUGACUAAGGAGUGGCGCGCCACCCAACUGUAUGCGACGCUGCCACUUGCGCCACUGUUUCUGCUUGGCUGUUUUUUGCCAGAGUCUCCCAGGUGGCUGAUGGCUGUCGGCCGAUUCCCAGCAGCCAAGCAAGUGGUCGCAAAGUUCGCCAGGAACGCCCCGAAGCACGUCGUUGACGACAUCAUUGAAGAGGCCAAGCGCAAGAAAGCAGAGGCGCGGGACAUUGGCAGAGCAAGCGUCGCUGACUUGUUCUCAACGAAGGUGUGGACCAAAAUAACGACACUCUUCAGCUUCCAGUUGAUAAUCUCCAGCAUAGUAUGGUACCACAUGACGGUCUCCACGGCAGCCGCAGGAGGAAAUCCAUACGUGAGCUUCACAAUCGGUGCGUCCUCCGAGUACCCGGUAAAGCUGAUCAACGUGGUGCUGAUCAAGUAUUGCCGUCGCCGGUACACCAUUUGCGGCACCAUGUGCUUCUCGGCGCUAGUUAUGGUCGCCCUCUGGCUUUUGCCAGCUGAAUACUCGUGGCUGCGGCUGGCCCUGCUCAUGCUGGGAAAAGUGGGCACGUCAGUGAAUGGUGCGGUGCUUCGCGUCCAGUUGAGCGAGACGUACCCGACCGUGGUGCGCUCUGUAGCCAUGGGCUUCUGCUACACACUGGGAAGGCUUGGCUCGGCUCUUGCGCCGUUUUUUGAUGACUUGGGUGAAGCGACGCAAUCGUGGGUGCCGAGCAUCGUGUCGGCAGGCCUUUGCUUGGCGGGCGCCGGCGCAUCCUGGCUGCUUCCAGAGAGCUUCGAGAAGACGCUAGAGGACGGGUUCUCCAAGCAUGAAGCCACAGAGAACAAAGUCGCUGUCACCGGAAACACCGAACCUCAGCAAAUAUAUGUUCUUGAAAUGACGCACUUUUAGUGGCACAAGACGGCUGCAGCACUUCGCCAAAGGAGAUGAAAGAGGAAGUUCUCAUUGUCAUAUAAGGCGGAAGCAAAAAAAAGGACACUCCGUUCUCCGUUAACCAGCACAUUCCUGAAUAAACUUGGGUGACAGUCCCUCACAUCCAC